CAAAGCUAUCGACAAAUUUUUUGAGGAAGUUGAAAUUGUUUGACUUGGGAGUACCUUGUUACUGCUUCUCUCCCGUGUAGAACAGAAAAUACAGUUCAGUUAUUUUAAACUGUGCUUCCGUAAAGAACAGAAUAUUCUUUAUUAUUUAUAAAAAUUCAAAUAGUCAUUGAUAACUGAUAUUAUCCAUUCUGAUUCUUCGAGUUUUGUUUUUUAAGAAUUUAUCAUGAGAUAAAGAACUUUUGAUAAGUACAUCUUUUAGUAGAUUCUUUAAAACAUUUACAAGGAAGCUAGAAUUUAUUAAUAACUGUGCAGUUUAAAAUCUGAUGUAGUUCACAUUUACGUUUGAGAUUUCCAUUUGAUGUGAGUUUCUGAGUACAAAUUUUGCAGAUAUAAUGAGGCGUGUGUCUGUGAUUCAAGAAACUCCUUCGUUAACGAAACCUAUACCUACUAAGCCAAAACAUGGAUUUUCCAUUGAUGAAUUAGUAGGCACGAAAGAGAAGACUCCUUCUUCUAGUACUGAAGGAAUUCGGAUGUGUAGUCCUAUUCCAAAUGUGCUGAGGACCGAUACGCAAGUUCCAAAUUUAUCGUAUAUACCUUAUGGAAGAGCUGUAGACUUAUACGACUCCACGUCCAGCAUAUUUGACAGCUACUUAUCGCCUGCUUUUCCCGGCCUUAAUCCACACGAGGACGGCAUGGACUGUUUGCCUCUCAGACGCUCGCGUUUUUCUCUUAUUGGGAAUCGCGAACCUGUUGCUCAACCCCAAAUACAAACCCCACUACCUUAUUUAAUUGGAAGAGAACCUCAGCAUGUCUACCCCUGGCUACUAAAUCGAAAUAUAAGGUUUUUUCCUCACAGACUGCAAGGUGCGGACGCUCCAGCAUUCCUUUUUCACCCUUUCCGCAAGCCAAAACGGAUCCGCACGGCUUUUUCACCAUCACAGCUUUUACAACUUGAACACGCAUUUGAGAAAAACCAUUACGUAGUUGGAAGUGAAAGGAGGCAACUGGCUCAGAAUCUUAAUCUUACAGAAACGCAGGUUAAAGUGUGGUUCCAGAAUAGAAGGACAAAGCAUAAACGCCAGAAACAAGAGGAUGACUCAAACUGCGAUACGAAAAGCAAGGAUUACUAUCCUUCCAAUGAGCAGUCAUCGUCAUCAGAUGAAGAUUGUGGUUCGCCAAUUCGAGAGAAAGAACCUAUAUGGAAACCUCUCGAAUCUAAUUUAAAAAAUUCUUUCUCGUCUUCAGUGCCAUCUUAUAUGCUUAAAUGCGGUACAUCAUAAAGACUGGUCAUUAUAUAAUGUACGCUAUGCCAAAUCCCCGAUGCAAUCAAUGAUCUCAUUCGUUGUUUAAUACAAUGCAUGGUACUGUAAAUAAAUAAAUAUAUAUAUGUUUGUUUCACUGUUGAAUGUAUAAAUGCUUUA